UUCGCGCGUUCACUUCGCUCUAUCGAUUGGCACGGCAUACGUAGCCAUUCUCGGGUCAAAUGUACUGUAAAGGUGCGAGAUUGCGGUCACCCAGUGAAUGUUCUGGCCUGUAAGUGGAAUUUUCUUUCGUGGGGUGGACAUACGUUAAUAAUACUGCUGUCCGGUCAAUCGCCAUAUACCAUGUGUGAGCAAAGUGUUUGUCGAUAAGUUCAAGUGAUGGCAAGUCAUUGAGCGCAGUACAGAGGAUAAAUCAAUUUUUCCAUCCCUAACGAAAAGCAUCGCCAAUCUCUGUUCAUCUAACAGAUAAUUGCGGGGACCAAAGCAUAGUUCCCAUGCUAUUUGCUUGUGGAAGUGUAUGAGUGAGCAUUGAACCAGAGGAGUUCGGAAUCAUCUCCCACCUUGCGGGUUUCCUAAAGUGAAAAUUGUGUAAUCGUUUGUGAGUGGGUUGUGAACCACCCCUGGCAUAUUACUUCCACGAGGAGCUACAACACCCGACAAAACGGCGGCUGCUGCAGUCAGUAACAAGAUGGGCGACCACGGCCCUGACGUGAACACGCUGGAAACUGAUUAUGUUGUACUCAUUUCAGUGGUACCAGCAGUGUUGGGUUUGACGGCGGCCGCUAUAUUGGCCGUAACCGCGUGCUUCUGUGCGAGACGCUUCAGGCGGCAGAACAAGAAAACCGCCCAUGAGGCCUCUUCGUUGCCGUUUCAACCUCCACGACCAUCGAAAGCCGUCCGUUCACCAAGCGGUCAACCACCUCAGUAUCUAAAAAAAUCUCCGUCACCAACCAGCAUCAAGCCAUUACCGGGUCACUUGCCAGCUCAAUCCCCAACCGAACAGUCGACGGUAGUAACCACCACCACAACCACCAUCGUUCCUCCUACCAAGUACACCGAGGAAAAUGAGCUGAUUCCGAAGAAUGCACAACUGGAACCGAAAUCCCCGGAUGUGUCCGAGAUGGGUGAGCCUGCAUCCGGUGGUGAUCAUGGCGAGAUCGAAUACGGUAAGCUUGGGACGAUUGUGUUCAAGCUGCGCUAUCUCGCCGAUCGUAGUGCUCUGGUCGUCUCGGUUGUUCGAUGUCGUGGCCUGCCUGGGAAAAACAACAAUUCGACAGCCGCCGACCUGACUGCCAUGACUACCGGGGCAUUGUGUAAUGGCAACGGAAAUGCGAAGCAAACGGCCACUGAUCCAUACGUCAAGCUACAGCUUCUACCGGAAAAGCAGCAUAAGGUUAAAACUCGGGUCCUGCGCAACACCCGUAACCCAGUCUAUGAUGAGGAUUUCACCUUCUACGGGCUUACAUUGAGCGAGCUGACGGCGAUGUCCCUACAUUUCGUGGUCCUUAGCUUCGACCGGUACAGCCGGGACGAUGUCAUCGGCGAAGUAGUUUGCCCACUGAGUAGUAUCGAUUUGCAGCAGAUCGAAAACCAGCAGGUCGCAUUAAGCCGCGAGAUACAGCCCCGUAGCUUGAAGAUUCGUGCACAGGGUCGUGGCGAGCUGCUAAUUUCGCUUUGCUGGCAACCGGCCGCCGCCCGACUUACCGUCGUUUUGCUGAAGGCUCGCAAUCUACCCCGGAUGGAUGUGACUGGACUGGCCGAUCCAUACGUAAAGAUCUACUUGCUGUACAAUGGACAACGGAUCGCUAAGAAGAAGACCCACGUUAAGAAACGAACCCUCAGUCCCGUGUUUAACGAAAGCUUCGCUUUCGACAUUCCGACCACCGAAGGAACGGGCACCACCUUGGAGGGUGUUUCGCUAGAGCUGAUGUUGCUGGACUGGGAUCGUGUUACAAAGAACGAAGUCAUUGGACGUCUGGAGCUGGGCGGACCACGGAGUGCUGGUACGGCCCUGAAUCAUUGGAAGGAAGUGUGCAACUCGCCACGCCGCCAAAUCGCCGACUGGCACAAGCUGCGCGAGUAAGCACCAGGUGCAACAGAUGAUUUCAUAUUCAGUUGUUAUAAUACUCUUAAAUGUUGACUUUGGAGUCAUUGGAGUGUUUCUUGGAGUGUUUUUCUCCGUUAGACCCCUGAAUGGAUCAAGCAAGAAAAUGUUCUAUUAAUGCUUUGUUCAACUUCACUUAUCACUUUCGCAAAGAAAGGAGCAA